AUGACCUCACAUUUCAUAAAAAAAUUGUUAAUUAGUAUCGUUUUUACAAUCUACUUAAUAUCCUCCAUAGAAGCAUGUUGGCCAAAAUGUCCGGACUACGAAAGUAAAUACAAAAAAAAUGUACCCCGUAAGAGAGUCAUCAGUCAUUUAUCGGAUUCAUUGGAAAUCCGCCAAUUGGCGCUUAUUGGCACACGACAUUCAGCAUCACAAGGCACGAAAUUCCGGACGCAAGAUCUAACGAUCUCACAACAGCUAAAGUACGGUGUGCGUGUACUGGAUAGUGCGAUUUGGUCUUCAUCUAACGUAUUCUGGUUGUAUGGUCAUUGGGCUUAUUAUAUGCCCUUCGAAAAGUUUCUUAGAGAAGUAAAUUCGUUCCUGAACGCUCACCCUCGAGAAUUCGUGAUCAUACUGAUGCGCGAAGAAUGGAAGCCGGCUAGUGAUGUAACCAAGAGCUACUGCGAGAUAGUUCAAUAUUACCGUGAUUUGGCGGGCGGACAUCGAAUUGUAACCAAUUGGAGGCUGGAAGACACUAUUGGUCAACAUCGUGGAAAAAUUCUACUAGCUGGGUUAGAUUCGGCGUUCAAUAUAUGCGAUUUUGACGUCUCUAAUAAAUGCCGAGUGCAGAAAACCUCAAUUCCUUAUGGUACUAUGUCGGAACUCGAAGAAAAGUGGAUUGAUAUCCAGAACUUUCACGACCUAAUUUAUUGGAUUAGGGGACGUUGUUUCGUUAAUUUCCUAGCUAAUUUCAGGGAUACCAAUAAUCGGAAAUUAGCGGUUAAAGGUUUCCGUACGAGGAGAAAUGAUGAAUGCGAAGCGCCGCUCAACGUCCGCAUGGAAAGUUAUUUUAGUACCCCUCAUUAUGCGCUGGUUAUUGUCAUGGCGGAUUUUGUCACCCAAGAUUUAAUUGAUAGUAUUUUAAGUGCUAAUUUUGAAGGGAUUGACGAUAAAAUGUUAUUGUUUAAUAAUAAGCAGUAUCAACAUGAAAUUUGA